AUGGCAAAGAAGACCAAUAACCCAAAGGAAGAACUGUCCAAAAUGGACUGCCCUACAUCUUCUAUCCACGAUGGGGAAGCCAUAUCUAAGCCAGUUAUGCCAAUAAAGACAAAGGCAGCCUACAAGUUUUACCCGCCAAGCAUACUUGCCAAAACGGCUACUAAAGCCAACAAGCGUGGCAGACGCUCCCAACAGAAGACUUCAAAAAAAGAUGAUGUUCAACAGCCUGUACUGAAGAAGGUCAAAGAGACAAAGCUGAAUGAUGAACCUUUGAGGCACGAAGAACAGCCUGAAAAUAUUUUCAGUGAUCAACAUGCCAGAGAACCAAACACAAGCACUGUUGCAGGCGAAACUUCAACCUUCGCGGCCAAAACUGCAACCUUUGUGGGUGAAACUUCAACCUUCGCUGCCCAAAGUUUAACCUUCUCGGGCGAAACUUCAACCUUCGCUGCUCAAAAUUCAACCUUCUCGGGCAAAACUUCAACCUUCGCUGCCCAAAAUGCAACAUUCUCGGGCGCAACUUCAACCUUCGCUGCCCAAAAUGCAACAUUCUCGGGCGCAACUUCAACCUUCGCUGCCCAAAAUGCAGCCUUCUCGGGAGAAACUGCAAUCUUCACUGGCGACAUGUCAGCCAUCACAAGUGACACUUUAACCAUUGUAGGUGAAACUUCCAUGAUCACUCGUGAGAUUUCAACCAUGGCAGGCAAAAUUUUAACCAUUGCAAGCCAAAAUUCAACCAUUGCAUGCAAAAUUUCAUCCAUAGUACUCCAAAUUUCAGCUGUCAAAGAUGAACAUUCAGUCAUCUUAAGUGAAACCUCAAACCUGGCAAGCACAAGUACAACCAUCACCACAACUACCUCAACUGCAAGUGUCACCACAGUUCAGGCUACCAGGUUUGAGGCAACCAGAGGAGUUGAGGAAGAUAACGCAUAA